CGCCUCCUCAUUUCUACUUCCAAACCUACGCGGGAAAAUAAUCUAGAUAGUCAGAGAGAAAGAGAGGAAUGAGGUCGGAGGAAGACGACGGAGCCGGCGCCGGCGCCGGCGAAGACCACCAAGUGGAGGAGGAGUUCAGUGUAUGGAAGAAGAACUCUCCAUUCUUAUACGAUCUCAUCGUCUCUCACUCCCUUGAGUGGCCGUCACUAACCGUUCAGUGGCUUCCUUCGCCACCGUCUCCGUACAAAGACGGCUCUUUCGCCACUCACAAGCUGAUUCUCGGGACGCAUACCUCCGAUGAAAGUCCUAACUUCCUUCUCGUCGCAGAUGUCCUCUUGCCGGUUAAUCCUUCAUCUUCCCUCGACACCAAUCACGAAAACCCUCAUAUCCCUAAGGUAGAGAUAAUUCAAAAGAUUCAUGUUGAUGGAGAGGUAAAUCGGGCACGAUGUAUGCCACAAAACCCAUCAAUUAUUGCAGCAAAGACAAGUUCUUCAGAAGUCUAUGUAUUCGAUUCCACAAAACAACUUUUAAACGAUGAAGGAGGCUCUUGUGAACCUGAUGCAAAGUUAAGGGGUCAUGAAAAAGAAGGUUAUGGGCUUUCAUGGAGCCCUUUUAAAGAAGGGUAUCUCUUGAGUGGCUCCAACGAUUGUAAAAUCUGCUUAUGGGAUGUGUCUGCAAUGCCUUCAAAUAAAGUUCUUGAUGCCAAAUACAUUUACGAGGAUCAUGGGAGUUUAGUUGAAGAUGUAUCAUGGCAUUUGAAGAAUGAAAGCUUAUUUGGAUCUGUUGGGGAUGAUUGCAAGCUAAUGAUUUGGGAUUUACGCACAAAUAAACAUGAACAAUCUGUUGUAGUUCAUGAGAAAGAGGUGAAUUAUUUAUCUUUUAAUCCAUUCAAUGAGUGGGUUUUGGCUACAGCAUCUUCAGACACAACAGUUGGGCUUUUUGACAUGAGGAAACUAACAUCACCACUUCAUGUUUUGAGUAGUCAUACGGAAGAGGUGUUCCAAGUUGAGUGGGACCCAAACCAUGAAACUGUGAUUGCAUCCUCUGCUGAUGACAGAAGGCUGAUGGUGUGGGACCUAAACAGGAUUGGAGAUGAACAGCUGGAAGGUGAAACUGAAGAUGGCCCACCAGAGCUUUUGUUCUCACAUGGUGGACACAAGGCAAAAAUAUCAGACUUUUCAUGGAACAAAAAUGAGGCAUGGGUGAUUUCUAGUGUGGCUGAAGACAAUGCGUUGCAGGUGUUUGAUGCAUUGGACUGGACUGAACAGUACUGGACUGAAUUGGAUUGA